AAAGGAUUAAAAUAAUCGGGGUGGAUACGUCGAGGAGUUAAAUGGCAUCGCGGAAUCUUUGGCAAGGAAUACACUGGGACUUUCAUUCCAGCCAGACGCGGAGAAGAUAAACAAGCCGCAUGAGAAGAGAAAACUCUCAGGUCCACCUGGGCUGUGUGCAGCCGUGAAGCUCCAUCAUGCUGGCCUGCAUUCAAAGACGGCAGAACCUGUCGUCGCAACAUUUGACCUGCGUGCCUAAAAGCCUGGAUGUCCUCACGCCGCCAUUGCUGCUACCUGCGCCGCCCCCACCGCCGCAGCCACGUACCCGUAAAGGCGAAUCACCCUCGGCGGCUUCCCGAUACCCGUCCCCCGCCGAGCUAGAUGCCUUUGCCAAGAAGACUGCCAGCAGCCCGCUGUGCAUCAAGAUCUUUCCCUCGGACAUCCGGGUGCCGCAACACAAACAGCUGAGCAAGACGGUGAACGGCUUGGACACCACGGGCCAGAGCUAUAGUCCCUACUCGCAACCCUACUCCGGAGGCUACCGGGGCUUGUUGGCCAUCGGCAAGGCGGCAGCGGUUAAGGGCGUGCUGAAAACCUCAGAAGGGAAAAGGACCAAACAGGCGCACAGCCAGGCUUGUCUGACGCCGUAUAAAAAUCCAGUGAAUGGUGGAUUUGCCAUCAGGCCGGGGCAUAAGGCCUAUCACGUAAACUCGUGUAAGCCCGACGUUCCCGCGGAGACGCUUUGUUCUCGCGGAGAUCACGGCUUGCUCCCUCGCUCUGAGCUGGCGGAGGUUCAGAGCCUGAUGAGGCAGCUGAACAGAGUCACCAGGGCAGGGGGCGAGGCGAGGCCCAGCCCCUCCCUGCAGGCGGUGGCGGCCGUGGCUCACUCGGAUUUUGGCGCCGGCAUCCCCCCGACGCAAUGUAGCAUGGCAUUCGGCGGGGCGGUGGUCCCCACGCAGAGCGCCGCCCGCGUGGCCCGAGCCGACUACGCCGCGUGGCAGCACAGGCAUCAGGUGUACCAGCAGGGAGCCACCAGGAUGUAUAACCUCGACUCCGGCGUUGCGCAAUCUCCCGAAAGCUGCCUGCCUUUGGCGUCCUCUACGUACGGGGUACAUCCACCCAUGCAGGGUCACUUUUCGGUCAGACACUUCUUCACGCCGCUGUGGGACGGCCUCACCGCUACACCCAAUAGCGACUGCUACGCUUCUCAGGUGCCGGGCACCAUGGCGCCCCCGCAUCCCGGACUCCACCACCAGACACAUUUCCACCCUCCCCCUCUUCCAGUUCCUGUUCAUCCUCAGGUCUACGGCACAGAGCAAACCGCCUGCUGCGGGCCGCCGAGCGCAAGUCUGUGCCACGCCGCAGCACUCAGCAGAAGUCUGCAGUCUCUGGAGUGCCUCAUCAGUGAAAUCCAGCCGCCCUGCAUCAAAGAGCGCAUGCUGGGCCGCGGGUACGAGGCCGUCGGGACGCAGCAGAUGCUGGAGCAGCAGCAGCAGCAGCAGCAGCCUCAUCAUUCUCAUCAUCCGCACGCCCACAUUCAGCUUCCCGUCUACAGAUGAGAUGCGACGCGGCCGACAACGUUUGUACAGUGGUCGUCGAAGUCGGAGUUUGACCAAAAUAUUCAGGAAGUCACACAAAAAUGACCUCACUCUAAGUCACAACUUAUAAAUGUUUUGAAUUGGAUGGAUUAAACCUUAAACUAUGACAAACUAUUAAACAACAGUUUUCAGUUCGCCAAGCGGCGUAAGAACAUGAGGUCACGAAAAAGUUUGAAUAUUAAUACUGCACUUAAAUAUGGGUGGGGAUAUUUAAAUAAUAAUUCAAAGUAUUGCACAUACAAUUUAAAUAAAAAUGAUACCUAAAUAAACGCUUAAAAACAAACAAUAUUGAACUUAAAAGUUAAAUACAACUGAACUGUACUCGGGCAGGGAUUAUUUCGUAAACCACUGGAGGAGAAUAUUAGUCGUAUAUACAUUAAUCUAUUAUUUGACUUUUCCCCUGAAAAUUUUGGUUGAAUUCCGAGUUCCGAAGGCCCACUGACUGUUCUCGGUUUUAUGUGUCAAAGGAAAACGAUAAUCAUGAGCCAGGAUGCUGAUUCCUCUGCCAUUAUAUCAUACUGAUGUAGAGCGCCUACAGCUACCAUUGUCUGCCAUAAUAAUAAUAUAAUAAUAAUUAUAAACAAAGAGUUACUGUACUUGAAAUUGCUUGCCCACUCCCCAAGAAUCAUGAACACUCAGGCUUCUCCAAUAUGAUUCUCAUUAUAUGGAGGCAUGGGGGUAAAGAUGUGAAUAUUUUUUUGUGUCAUGCAUUACUGAUGAUGAGUAAAGCUUUUAUCUAGAGUAUGAUAAAUAUUCUGUCACUUUUUUUUUUUAAAAGUCUUAGUUGAUUUUAAUGUUGUCCGCCGCAAGUCAGGUUGAGCAGAAUGUGUUCUUGUGUUUUGACCUGGAUUUUUGCUUGUAUCGGGGUCUUUUUUAAGAGCCAAACAUUCACUGGACAUAUUGGGUGAACAGUUUAAUCCAACCCAAUAUCAAGAGCUGUAUUGGAAAUUCACUCUACUGAAAUUUGAAUGCUGCUCUUAUAUUGGAUCUCAUUAGACUGUCCAGGUGUACCUAAUAUUGUGGUUUCCUCUCUAUAACUGUAACGAUGAGGCAACUGCACACAAUCGCUGGUACUUGCUUGUGUGUCUGCGCUGCUUGUAUAAUAUUUAUUUAUAUUGAUUUGUAUGGAGGCGGGGGGGAAAAAAAAAAGUGUGUCUAUCAUUAUUAAGUGCAAUUAUUAUAUCUACGGACAUUAUGAGGUAUGUUGUUGAAAUAUGUAUGUACAUUAUGACUUGUCCCUUUUUUGCCCUUUGCUUCCUCAUGAGGAUUGUCAAGUAAAUGACAUUUUUGUAGAUCCAAAUAA